UUUUUCCUCCCCAUUGCUCGUUUUCCUCAAUCUUGAAAAAUCUUGGGGCGCUGGGGGAUUUUGGGAUUUUUUUUUUUUUCUAAGAGGGUGUCUGGGCAUCUCCCUCCUGCGCCCGCUGCCUUGCUCCACCUGCCCUUGCGCCUUUUUUCUUCUUUCCCCCUGUCCCUCCACCAAACCCGGGCUGAUGUGCUGUGCGAGAGGCUGGAAAUGGAAGUGUUGAUGCUCUGGCUUUUCCCCUGGAUAUUUCAGUGCGUUUCGGUGCGGGCGGACUCCAUCAUCCACAUUGGUGCCAUUUUCGAAGGCAAUGCUGCCAAGGACGACGAGGUGUUCAAGCAGGCGGUGUCGGAUCUGAACCUCAAUGACGACAUCCUCCAGAGCGAGAAAAUCACUUACUCCAUCAAGCUCAUAGAGGCCAACAAUCCCUUCCAUGCGGUGCAGGAAGCCUGCGACCUGAUGACCCUGGGGAUCUUAGCCCUGGUGACGUCGACGGGCUGCGCGUCGGCCAACGCGCUGCAGUCGCUGACGGACGCCAUGCACAUCCCGCACCUGUUCGUGCAGCGCAGCACGGGCGGCUCCCCGCGCACCGCCUGCCAGCUCAACCCCAGCCUGGAGGACGAGGAGUACACCCUGGCCGCGCGCCCGCCCGUGCGCCUCAACGAUGUCAUGCUCAAGCUGGUCACCGAGCUGCGCUGGCAGAAGUUCAUCGUCUUCUACGACAGCGAUUAUGAUAUACGUGGACUUCAGGGAUUUCUCGAUCAGGCCUCCAGGCUGGGACUUGAUGUAUCCUUACAAAAAGUGGACAGGAAUAUCAGCAGAGUAUUUUCCAACCUUUUUACCACCAUGAAAACAGAAGAGCUGAACCGCUAUCGGGACACGCUGCGAAGGGCCAUCUUACUCCUGAGCCCACGGGGAGCCCAGACUUUUAUUAAUGAGGCUGUGGAAACCAACCUUGCAUCAAAGGAUAGUCACUGGGUCUAUGUAAAUGAGGAAAUCACUGAUAAUGAAAUAUUAGAGUUGGUGCAUAGUGCUCUGGGGAGGAUGACAGUUAUCCGGCAAAUUUUCCCUCUGUCAAGGGACAACAACCAGAGGUGCAUGAGAAACAACCACCGGAUAUCAUCCCUGCUGUGUGAUCCACAGGAAGGCUAUCUUCAGAUGCUGCAGGUUUCCAACCUGUACCUGUAUGACAGUGUGCUCAUGCUGGCCAAUGCUUUCCACAGAAAACUGGAGGACAGGAAGUGGCACAGCAUGGCAAGUCUGAACUGCAUGAGGAAAUCCACCAAACCUUGGAAUGGAGGAAGAUCUAUGCUAGAGACUAUUAAGAAGGGCCACAUAACUGGGCUAACUGGUGUUAUGGAGUUCAGAGAAGAUGGAGCCAACCCCUAUGUCCAAUUUGAAAUACUGGGCACCAGCUACAGUGAAACAUUCGGCAAAGAUGUGCGGAGGUUGGCGACAUGGGACUCUGAGAAAGGACUGAAUGGCAGCCUCCAAGAGCGACGUCUGGGCAACGACUUACAAGGAGUGACACUCAAAGUGGUGACUGUCUUGGAAGAACCUUUUGUAAUGGUGGCAGAGAACAUCCUUGGGCAACCAAAACGAUAUAAAGGAUUUUCCAUUGAUGUCCUGGAUGCACUGGCCAAGAAUCUGGGCUUCAAGUAUGAGAUAUAUCAAGCUCCUGAUGGCAAGUAUGGACACCAGCUCCAAAACAGCUCCUGGAAUGGCAUGAUUGGAGAACUCAUUAACAAGAGAGCAGACCUGGCCAUCUCAGCCAUCACUAUAACACCCGAGCGGGAGAGCGUGGUGGACUUCAGCAAGCGCUACAUGGACUAUUCCGUGGGGAUCUUAAUCAAGAAGCCCGAGGAGAAAAUCAACAUCUUCUCUCUCUUCGCUCCUUUCGACUUCGCGGUGUGGGCGUGCAUCGCCGCAGCCAUCCCGAUCGUCGGGGUGCUGAUCUUCGUGCUGAACCGGAUCCAGGCCGUGAGGGCACAGAGCGCGGCACAGCCCAGCCCGUCCGUGUCCUCCACCCUGCACAGCGCCAUAUGGGUGGUGUACGGGGCCUUCGUCCAGCAAGGGGGUGAGUCCACUGUCAAUUCUGUGGCGAUGCGCAUUGUAAUGGGAAGCUGGUGGCUCUUCACCCUUAUUGUGUGUUCUUCCUACACAGCGAAUUUAGCAGCAUUUCUCACAGUAUCAAGGAUGGAUAAUCCCAUAAGAACAUUUCAGGAUCUAUCCAAACAAAUGGAUAUAUCUUAUGGUACAGUCAGGGACUCAGCAGUGUAUGAAUACUUUAAAGCAAAAGGGACCAACCCUUUGGAGCAGGAUAACACAUUUGCUGAACUGUGGAGGACUAUCAGUAAGAAUAAUGGGGCAGAUAAUUGCGUAUCAAACCCUUCUGAAGGCAUCAGAAAGGCAAAGAAAGGAAAUUAUGCUUUCCUGUGGGAUGUGACAGUGGUGGAAUAUGCUGCACUGACAGAUGAUGAAUGCUCUGUGACAGUCAUUGGAAACAGCAUCAGCAGCAAAGGCUAUGGGAUAGCACUCCAACAUGGAAGUCCCUACAGAGAUCUUUUCUCCCAGAGGAUCCUAGAGUUGCAAGAAAGUGGAGAUUUGGAUGUUCUUAAACAGAAGUGGUGGCCACGGAUGGGACGUUGUGACCUGAAUAGCCAUACCAAUGCACAGACAGAUGGGAAGGCACUCAAGCUGCACAGUUUUGCAGGGGUUUUCUGCAUUUUAGCAAUAGGCCUUCUUCUUGCUUGCUUGGUGGCAGCAUUGGAGUUGUGGUGGAACAGCAACCGUUGUCAUCAAGAAACGCCGAAAGAGAUACAGCAUGGGCAGCAGCAGUGCAAACUUCCCCUCAUUGCCCCACCAAUGUGCCUCAGCCCUGACCUGGAGAGACCACCUUUAGGGGACAAGGAAGUGAAUCUGGAGCAGGUCCACAGACGCAUGAACAGUUUAAUUGAUGAAGACAUAGCCCACAAGCAGAUCUCUCCAGCGUCCAUCGAGAUCUCGGCGCUGGAGAUCGGUGGCAUGCAGCCAGCUCAGACCCUGGAGCCGGUGCGCGAGUACCAGAACACGCAACUUUCUGUCACCACCUUUUUACCAGAACAGACAAGUCAUGGUGCCAGCAGGACACUCACAGCUGCCUCGGGCAGCAACCUGCCGCUGCCCCUGAGCAGCUCGGCCACCAUGCCCUCCAUACAGUGCAAACACAGGUCACCCAACGGAGGACUAUUCCGGCAGAGCCCCGUCAAAACCCCGAUCCCAAUGUCAUUCCAGUCCGUGCCAGGGGGAGUCAUUCCAGAAGCAAUGGAGCCCUCGCACGGAACGUCCAUAUGACGAAAACAAACAGUACAAACAACCAGCAGAGAUUUUUAAUACAAAAUUUAAAAGAAACAAAAAAAAAAAAAAAAAAAAAAAAAAAGAAAAAAACUCUUACAUUUUUCUUGUAUAUACUUGUAAAUAAUGAAAGAAUGAAGUGGGGUAAAAGUGUAUUUUGAAUAUUCCCAAUUUUCGAAGUAAGUAAAAAACAAAACAAAAAACAAACAAAAAUGUAUGAAUGACUUUGUAAAUUUUGUUCUAUAUGAAUAAAAAGGCAAACUACUUGUGGUCGUUCUCAAGUGCCAAAGAAGACCUGUUACUGGGACUGAGGGCCAUGCUUUUCUUUUUUUCCAUGGAUUUCAACACUUUUUCCCUUACAGGUAUGGUUUUUUUAAGAGAAAAAAAUAUUAUCUGUUUCUUGCUAGAAAAAAUCACCAUACUCGGAUCUCUCCUUUCCCCAGAACCCUGUUUUAUAGCCAAGAUGACAAUUCACUCAGAGAACUUAGCAGCUGGUAUUAGCAUAGCAGUAAAAAAUGCUUUAAAGGUGAAUUAUAACUCAAAUCCAACAAACAGUAAACAGAGAACAUUUUCCUUCUAACAAGGAUUUAAACUUCCACACAGUUUCUAAAUUUAAGCACAGGAUUAUUGGAUUGUGUCUUUAGAUGUCUGCUGUGCAGCUCUUUUUAUUUAACUUCCUGUGUUUUGUUAUACAUAUAUAUAUAAUAUAUAUUAUAUAUAUGACGUAUAUAUUAUAUAUAUAAAUGCUUUGAUGAACAGCAGGUUUUAGAUUAAGGGGAAAGCUUUUAAGAAAAACUGCUCAGCUCUUUUUUGUUGUGUACAUGACUGAAAAUGGGGAGGAACCAAUGGAGUGAGGCAAGGAGGAACUGUAAAGGCAGGAGAUAAUGGCACUGCAGUGACUGUGCCCUCUGGUGCCAUCUCUUUCUUUAAGAUUUCACAGAAUUUGUUGCAUAAUGGAUGCAAUGCUUCCUGUUGAAGUCAUAUCCCUGAAUGACAAGAUUAUAAGCACAGCUCUGCUUUUUUUUUCCAUUGAUUUUUGUAAAGAGAAACAUUUUAAUGGCCAGGUCUAUAUCAUGGUAGAUAGAAAUAGCUGUAAAAAACCUUUUUCUUUUUUUUUUUUUUAAUCUGUGAAACACACAGGACAAAGACACAGCAACUCAUAUAGUUUAUUUAACUUCUUGUCAUGCAAAUAUUACCAGUGCACUGUCGUAUGACAAGAAAAAACCAAACCAAACUCUAACACAUUGUUUCCUUCCCAACCAGAAGUCUGAAUGCCAAACAUAAUGGAUCUCUGUCCCCCCUCCUACUUUUCAUGGACCAUCACUCUCUUUCAAAAUUGGGAUAAUUUAGCAUCUUCUCAAAUGUAUCCCUAAUACUAGGUUGUAAUUUCCUGUUGUAGCUGGAUUUCUUCCUUUUAUUAGAACACUGCUAUUUGGAAAAGGCUGUAGAUCCUGGUGCAGCAAAAUCACUGUCUACAUUAGGGUGAAAAAUUCUGUUUGAACAGAAGUAAAAAUGCAUUCACAUCCCAGGAAAGUCAGCAGGCAGUCUGGGUCAGGUUUUUAGAUAAAUAAACAUUCCAUUCACUGCUCCUAAUUUGAUUUGCAUAAUUACACAACACGUAUAUUUAUGGGGUGAUUAAAGUCCCCACAUUUUUACAUUUCUACUUCAAGCAGUAGGGAGGAAAACUCAAACUGUGACAUAAAACCAGCCUUAUGGAAGAGUAUACUCAGCCUACCACUUUUUAAAUGAGGAAUAUUGAUGGUGGGCUUACAGAAUGAGUACUCUUGGAGGGAUUAAUUUGUCUCUGAUAAACUGGUUCCUCAUGAAGAUGAUGCAGUUUUGUAGCUUGGCACAAAUUGCACUAUUUGCUUCACACUAAUUAAAAAUUAAUAAUAAAGCUGACUAGAUUUAUGCUACUUAGAAGUUUGUCCCACAAAAAUUUUGGAUUUUGUUUUUUCUCCUUUAGUCAUAUUUUAUUCUUUUUGUUGUCUUAACAAACCUAUGGCCACAGGAAAAAAAUCUCUUCCAUAAAUACACUAAUUAUUUAUGGCAGAAACAGCUGCACUAAAUGUCUACGCACACACAGGAACCUGUAAAGAUUCUUUGGAGAAAGAGUGCACGGAUUUGCUUUGGAAAAAUCUCUUGUUUCAUGACUACUUUAAGAUUUUAGCAACAGAAGAAGAAUGUGCUGCAGAAAAGGUGCAAGGAGGUGCUUGAGUGGCUACAAGGGUGCAAUCUCUUAUGGCACACAAAGCUGCUGGAGGUUUCCUGAGAUGCUGCCUUGCUGUUACUCACAAAACAUGCUGCUGAGUUGCUGCAGCAAAGCCCACAGCAGGUGCUUGAAACCCUCUAUUACUGAGGCAUCUUUGCUUUCACAUUAGAUUUCUUCAUAUUCUAGACUAAAACACUGUAAUUUUAACUGACCUGCACUUGUGGAAUUGUGAAUACAAUAUAUUUUGGGGAUUAACUUAAGCAUCCUUCAUAUUCAGUGUUCUUCUCCUGGCUUACUCUUGCUAUGUGCUGUAAAGUUUGGAAGUGUAGUUUUAACUUGUAAGCAAUGUUAGAGCUCCUUUAUUCCCAUGCACAGGAUAUGACUCACCUGCUUGAAUUCUUUGCAGGACUACAUCUAAGAUAAGCAGGAUGGAUCUUGAAGAAUCAAACCAUGCAGCCCUCUUUCAGAAAAGUAUUUCAACAUGUGUGAGCCCUAUAGGGAGCACCUGCUUUAUGCACAGGUGAAGUGCAUUGCUGGUUGAUGAUGGAGUUAAAACACACAUGCCUAAUUUUUUUAAGCAGGUGAAUGAGCUGGCCAAACUCCCUGGGACUACUUAGCUGCUUUAAGUUAAACUUAAGUUUUGAGUGCUUUGCUGCACCAGGGUCUCCACUGAAAAACUAGUAAUCUGCAAUGGAUCUUUCACUGUCUCACAAUUACUUGUUUAUAUAAAAGUUACCAAGUCAUAGCCUGGGCCUGUCAGCCCUGACAGGAAGCUGUUCUGUCCUUCAUGUGCUAGUGGUCUGGUUUUAGAUUAUUUAAGCAAAUCACCAGGUUCUCCUUGAACAUAAACUCUGUUUUGUUCCCCAUAACUUUCAGUUUUCAAAGUAAAUGCAGAAUGUAUGAUUUUUAUAUCCUGUCUCCUGUUUUAUAUUUGUAUCUUCCUUUUGACAGAUCAAAGCAUUCACUUUCUAUAUAAUAUGUAUUCACCACACACAUGCAUAUAUAUAUAUAUACAUGUGCAAUUACUCACAGAAGAAGUGAGAAAUAUAAUUUCCAUGUGAUGUAAAUGAGCAUAAGGUGAAAGCUCUCACAGUGCUGUGCUUAUUUACACCACCUGCAGAUUUGACCCUUCACCUUUAAUAUCUGGCAAGUUGAAAUAGAAAAACUGCAGAAGUUUCUGAAAACUUUGAAGCCCAAACUGUGUUCUGGUUUUUCAACUGGAACUUCCCCGAGUGUACUUAAAACAGGGAAUAAUGUAUGAUCCCAAAUAGUGCAACUCCUCUGGAACGUUUACAUUGCAAAGGUGAUUGUACAUGAAAUGUACCUUCCUUUUAUUGUGCUCUUUUGAUGAUGAGCUUUCACAAAAGUGAUAUCUGUGGCACAGCACUUCUAGCGUGUCUUGUUCUAUCAACCCAUUAGUUUAGAAAUUAUUUUCUUACAAAAAUGUGACUCAGUUUCUUCUAUUUGCUUGCAAUCCAUGGGCAAUCUGCUUUCAAUCUGAAGAAUGCAUUGCUCUUAUUUCUUAGUAUGUCAUGUUUUCCUAUUGCAAUGGGGAAAAAAAAAAAGAGUAAUUGUGCUUUUUCAUUUCAGAGUUGAAACUUGAUAGAAUGCUUUUAUGCUGAGUUACAACUACAUGUGUGCAAUACUUGUCUUGCAAAGUGAAGUUCCCAAUAUCUGCCUUGCUUUGAUAAACAUUGCUACAUUGUAGGUGAAGUCUCAGCAAAACAACUCACUUUUUCUUAGUCUGCUGAUAGAAUAAACCACUUAAACCUGGGUUCUCACCUGUGUAAAUCAGCUUCCCUCCAGAGAAUGGGUCAGGCAUACUGACUUUCAGCAGGUGAAGGUUUAGCUCUUAAUAUUGGGCUCAAGAGCAUUGCUUUACAUAAACUAGUAUUCAGGAGUAGCUCUCAAAAGGAAAAUGUCUCAAAAAUUAACCUGAAAGAGGAACUUCAUUGAAAUUUUGAGCAUGUAACAUGAAUUACAGUUUAAACUUUAUGCUGGGAUUGCUCAAAGAAAGUCCUUCCUAAAAUGUGUUUAAAUAUCAGAAUAGCUCUCUUCUGAGAUAGGUUUAAAGCUGUUGGGUUGGUGACAAGUGGAGCACUCAGAGAAAACUGUGUUAAUAGGGUGGAACAGCAAACACAAUGUUCAGACCUUAUUAUUUUCUUAAUUUUGCUUUACUGACUUGAACUUACAUAGUGAGCAGCUAAAGAGUGACAUAAAUCUGAAAACAACAUAUUUUGGGGGACCCUGUUGGAAAUUUCUCAGACAAACCAUAUCCUUUGGCAUCAUCCUGGGAAAGGCAAGGAGAAAGUCAGAAGAAAACUCUGAAGAAAGGCAAAAUCAAAGGUAAAAACUGACAUGUGGUGAAAGGGGAGGGAGAAAAGGAUGGUUACAACUCAUGUUUAGUAAAGCUGUGUUACUUGUAUGAGAAGCCUCAAUUCCCAUCAUACAAGCAGUUGCCUCAGCUAAUUAUUAUUUUUCUUAAUUUUUAGGAAACAAAUAAAAACAGCAUUUGUUCUACCAGAAACAGUUGUUAUAUUAUUUAAGAGUUGAAAUGAUUUGUUUGGCGGUGCCUGUUUUUUGGCUUGAUUGUUGCUCAGCUGGGGAGAAUCAGCUUUAAUCAGUGAUUUCACCCAAAGCAGCUGUGGGCUGUUUGCUGGGAGACGCUCCCAAGGGCUGUUUAGGUUUGCAGCUGGGACAAAUCAGCUGCAAUCAGCUCCAAUCAGCUCCCCAUAAAGCUCUCACUUCCCCGGCUCUGGGGAAGAGUUUGGGCUUUGUGCUCUGAGCUGCAUAUGUCUCUGAACUUGGAUGGUGCUUUUUCUGGUGUUGGAGGGAAGCAGAACAGAAGUGUGAUUCCCCAAGCUUUCAAGUUAUAAAGUUCUGUAGUUUUGAGGAGAUCUGUUUGGUCUCUGUGUCACAUGAGGAGGAGGAGGAGAAGUCCUCAGA